CAGUCAGUGAGGACGGACGGGAUGUCGGUGAGCGAGCAGCGCCCGGCAUCGCCGCUGUUGACUCCCCUGCAGGAGGAGGAGGCGGCGGCGGCCGGCCUCAGUACCAGGAUGCCGGCUUGGAAAAAGGAGAUCCUGGAGAGGCGGAAGGCCAAGUUGGCGAACCCGGCGGCGGAUGGCCGGACCUGGCUCCCCAGCCGGGCGGCGUCCCAUAGCAACCAGGCGGAGCAGGAUCCGAGCCCGGAGGCGGCGGACGGUGGGUCCGGUUCCGAGGCCGGGGGCUCCGUGCUGCUGGAGAACAUCGCCCCCGUUCAGGAGAACCCGUUCAUUCAGCGGGAGCGGCGGAGGAGGCGGCGGCUGCAGGCGGAGAGCGAGCCCUCGGGGGCGGGAGGCGCUGGGGGCCCGGGCCAGGGCCAGGGCCAGGACCCGGCCAAGCCGCUGCAGCAACUCCUCGAGUUGUACAGCCACAUGCCGGGGGUCCGCACCAUCCAGGCCGACAACAUCAUCAUCAUCGAGUCAGACCCGAGUUAUUUCAGUGAGCCGGGCAGCCCGUCCCGGACCCAACCUCAGCCCCAGCCCCAGGAUGUCGAGCAGCUGCUGUCCCGGGCCGGGCACGGCAGUGUGGCCGAGAUCCGAGCCGCCGAGGUGCUGGUCUACGACGGCACGCUGAGCCGGAGUGAGGAGAACCUGAGCAGCCUGGGCAGCGGAGAUGCCGGCCCCCCGGGCGGCCUGCACGGGAAAGUCAGCCGCCUGCUCGAGAAGUUCGACCGCAACUACGUGAAGCCAAGCCGGUCGCGGAGCACGGAGAACCUGCUGGACGGCUUCUCCCCUGACCGAGACCGGCGCCGAAAGCCACUCCUGUUGCCAAAGCCCCCCUCCGUCCGCCAGCUCGGCCAAGGAGCGACCAGCCCUGGCCCCAAGAGGAUCCGCUCUCCUGGCCCUCACCUGUCACCCCCGCCUCAGCCCAUAUCCUUCCCGCUGUCGUCGCCGACCAGAUACUCUGGUCCCCCAUCUCCGGUGCGGACGCCUUCUGUCCCCUCUGUGUCCUCAUACAACCAGGGAGAUGCUAAGCCGGCUGUCAGUGACAGGACUGAGCCUGGAGGCAGACCCUUUUCUGUAUCCUCUUAUCGCAAGCAUUUCGAGAGUGGACCUGCUAAUGGGCAACUCGGGCCGAAAGAGUCAACCCCAAGUCACACUCCUGCUCGCCAAAACGGCGAGAACAUCUCGAAGCUUCGGGUCAUCAAGAAUAACGUUACAGAGAACGGUCUCCGAGAUCUCGAUUUAAUGGGGAACAAUUCAUUUUCUGUGAAUGGAGGAGAAAUGGACAGAAAGGACCAAAAGGAUGCAAGCAAUCCUGGAAGUGGCUGGAUGCCAUCUUCUGUCAGUGCUGCCAGCAAUGAGGGUUCCAACGUGUGUGCAUUCGAUCAGAAGAAAGCUUCAAAAUGCAGUCCUGAGAGAUCCCAGCCAGCUGUAGCUCCCAAAUCUUUACCAGCAAAAUCCAGUGCCACUCCCUCAGGGAAGAUGAACCAGGACCACAAAAUAGCAGGUUCAGCCAAAGUAACUCCAAACCAAUGCAAUGGUGUAUCUGCUUCCACCAGUAUGAAUGACUCCUUUAAAAUCAUACCUGCCACCCCUCCAGAUGUUUCAUGCAUCCCAGAAGAUGACAUCCAGGCAAGGGCACUGGCAAAUCUCAAAAAACAGUCGAAGAACUCAUUUGUUGUGAUUCCAAAGAAGAGGGUGAGUGUUUCUGUAUCCUCCAGUGAUGUAUGUGAUUCUAGAGAAGCAAACAAUGCAUCUUGUGAAAAGCCAAAAGUUGAAAUUAGCACUUCCAAUUCUGAAGCUCAAACAGACCGGGUCUCUGCUGUUUCUCUGGAUAGGAUCAACCUAUCUGACCAUGAACAGAGUACAGAAGGAAAAUUACCUUUCAGGGAGCCUUCUCUUCCCAAAGCAGAUCUCGAGCCAAAGGAAGAAGAGGUCAUGAAUAAAUCAACGUCGUGUGGUACCUAUGAAGUUUCUUCUAAGCAUAUAAAUGCUCAGGUUUCAGUGGAGAAAGAAAGACCAGGCUUGUUGCCUACUCCAAUGUCUGAAGCAGAGCAGAAAGCUGAAUCCACCGUAACCCUCAUAAAAAUGACAGCUCGGAAUGACACUGACCUCCCAGUCACUAACAUAGAUGAUAUCUUGGGAACAGGAGAAAAGGAGACCCCCAAACAACCAAGCAAGGCCAAAUCACCUGGAGCAAAGGAGCAGCUUCCUGAGGAAAGUGUGGGUGGCCUGCACCACCCCUUUGUGCAGCGGAAGAGUGGAAACACUUUCACCAUUGUUCCUCAACGCAAGCCAGCGAACAGAGCUCAGCAGCCCUCUGUAGACACAAAUGAGGUUUCUCAGGCAAAUGGGACUCAUGAGCAGACAGUGGAAGAUCCUGAACCAUCACUUGCCAAACUGGGGGUAUUGUUAAAGAAGCGCUAUCCUCUUGCUGAGGAGAUACAGGUGAUUGGAGGGUAUCUGUCAUUGGAACGAUCCUGUUUAUCCAAGGCUGGUUCCACAAGGAAGAAGAUGAAGAUUUCUUUCAAUGACUCCAGUUUACACACGACAUUUGAGUAUCCGUCAGAGAACUCCCUCAUCCAAGAGGAGGAAUCUGGGGACAGCGACAAUGAUGAAGAAGAGCAGUCCUCGACAUUCUUCUUUCCACGUCCCAGCUACACCAGCUCUCCCACGUCACCAAGCAGCCCCUUGCGAACCAAUACUAUAGUCUCAGCUUUUACAAACUACACUCCUAAACAUGCAAUGUCAUUCAACACAUGGCAGGAACAGAAGCUUGAUGAAUCAGUUUCUGGGAGGAACAGCUGUCUGCACAGUACAGAAUCCUCAACUGAAGAUGAUAUGCUCACGCCAGCAGAUGGCAGUUCUCAUUCCGAUUAUAGCAGUGAGCCAGCACUAUAUUUCUGAUGGACAUGUGAUCUAGGAGUUAUAACUAUGCACUCCAGCCUUGGGAUUGGCUUACCAGGAAUCCUGGAAUGGAAAAAGCCUGCUAUGUGCCAUCUGAAUGUAGCUAGCUCUUCUUUGAAAAGCUCAUCCCUUUACUGCAGACAUCUUGGGCCAUAUCUAAGGAUUGAGGUUUGCCUGGAGGCACGCUGAUCUUUCAUUUCACCUUUGCCUCCGAGGAGACCAGUCUUGAGAAUCAUGUGAGAUCCACGAAGCAUCUAUGUGGCAGCUUUGAGACUCUGAGACCAGUUGCCUGCACAUCAAGUUUACUAAUUGCACUUGCCCUCAAAGGGCUGUGAACUACAUUCCUAAAAUAUUUCUGAACACUGCCAUGGACACUGAAGCCUGUGCAGAUGAUAAUGAUCAUUCCUCUGAGAAGAGCUGUAUUAACCUGUGCUUUGGUCUUGGCCACCUUUUUCCUAAAGAGUAUUGGGCCUAUGUGAGGGCCAGGCCGUGGGCCAUGUUUUCAGGAUUUGACUCUGUUCAAGCAACAUUCCCAUUUAUAAUAAUGUACUUUGGGUACUGUACUGUUAAAUAGUUCUGUUAUUUCUACUGUGCCACAGUUUUUACUGGUGGUGGUCCUGAUCACUGCGUGUCCUCAGGACUCUAACCAUUUUCAUUUCUGUUUCUUUAAUAUUGUAGCUAUCCUGGCACUUUGACUUUCGAGCCUCCUGGUGAGGUCGAGCUGAAUGGAGGGCUGCUUGAGAGUGAAUUAUGAGAAUGCUAAUCUCCUCCCAGAGUUCAGAGACAGGAAAUUAACAGAUCCUCUUUGUGAAAUGUAUUUUGUGCCAUGUGUUCACUGGGCAGCCAGAAUUGUGAAAAGCAGUUCCUACAUAGGGAAUAGUGAGAGUGAGUGAAAUGAGGUUUUUGGUAAUGCAGCCAUCAUACUUAUCUGAAAGCCUGUUGGUGCCUUAGGCUCAGCCUGUCGGGUAUUAAACUUUCACCUGGUUUCAAAUGGCCAGUGAUUCAGCACAAAGCUUUUCCUUCUGUCUUUGUGCAGCUACUUGACCUAAAUGUUGAACAUUAGGUCACCUUCACAUAGAACGUUUAUUGAUAUCUAUGAGUUUACUUAACAUAGUUUGGAACAUUCACCACUCAAUUAGGAUUUAAACAUACACAUUGCUUUCAUUGUUAGCAUAGGCAAGUUCAAAAAUUCUGCUGUGACCCAUUUAUAUUUGGACAAUGCAAUGUACUGUACCCACAGAACAUUCUACUGUGGUCCCCAUUGUGGAGUAAAACAAUCCAAGCAUUAUUUUGGAGCUGUUCUUCAGUUGUUUUAUCUUGGUUGUGGUAGAGCUGGGAAGUGGUUGCUGCUCAUCGUAAUUCUGAUCCAGCAGUGCCUAUUUGCUUUACUGGAACAAGUCAGAAAGAUAUGGAGGUGCUGGUGUUGGACUGGGGUGGACAAGGUCAGAAAUCAGGUGACGUUAGAAAGAAAUUGUUUACUCCAAUCACACCGAAGGCACCAUUUGUAUCCGCUGAAUUGUGUACCUUACAUUUCGUCUUUUGGAUCUUAAACGAGUUCCAAGUGAAGAUGACGGUGUGGAGGAAAAAGGUGGAUUUAAAGGUGUAGAAUUAGGUUUGUGGGAAUCUGUUGAUUUGCUGUUUCACCCCUUUCAGAUUGCUUAAAAGUGGAGAUGUUCUGCAACUGGUUGAUCCACAGAAAAUGAGAGCGACAUAAUACCCUUAUUAAUAAGGCAAUGUAUUUUCUAUUCUGAUGAGGUAGAAGUUUGUAGUUGAGGAUUUCUUUUUUACUGUUUUAGAAUAUAUCAAGUUCCAUUCAGAAAAUUGGUUAGAUCAGGAGAGAAAUAGAGCACUGAAUGUGUCGGGAGAAAUGUCCCGACAACUAAAUUAAGUCUGUAUACACUCCAGUAAAAUAUUAUGAAUACAAUUUGCCUUGAUUGUGUCUGCCUGCAAUUUGAUGUUUCUUUUAACUUCAGGAAUGUCACUGUUUCAACCCUUUACUCAUAUUGAAUAGAAAUCUGCAGGCACAGCAGGUUAUAACCCUUUUUGACUUCUCUCCAUUAAGGUGAUUAAAGAUUCUUACUGUUUGUUGGAAAUAGGAAUGAUUUUCAUGUGGCUUUAGCUCUGUUUCCUAUCAGCAUGUAUGUACAGUACCUGUUGUUGAGGAACCAUCUCCCAUGGGAUGAAUAAAGAUGGAGGCUGAUCCUGUGUAAGUCUAAGAUUGCAGUUGAGCCAGUGUAUUUAUCAUACUUGUGCUUAAUUAUUUUACCAAAUUGACCCACUUUUUAAUGGGGGGAAUAAAUUGCAUUUACAUUGCUGAGUUGCAAUCUGCGCAUUAAUUUUCAAGUAAAGUCUGAAAUUUAGAAUUCACCUUCACUUUUGUGGUAAUCACCUUGCUCCUAGGCAAACAUUGUCUGUUGUGGGCCAACUACCUCUUGCGUGCCCGUUCCCUUUUCUUAUUAUUCACCAGCAAGAUUUGUGAUUGUGCAACUAAGUAAAAUGAAUACAGGCAGCAGGUUUGCUACCACUGAGAAAGCGGGGAAAGAAAACCAGGCUAAACUUUUGGGUAUAGUACCUUGGUCAGAAAUCAUUUCAGCCAGGGGUUUGUAUCUAAACUGUUGAUGCAUGAUUCCCUCUCGAUGCUGAUCAGACUACUGUGCAUUUCCACUUUCUAUUUAUUAAUGCACUUUUCCUGAACCUCCACAUGGUCAUCAAUUGCUGAGUAUAUAUGUUAAUGCAGAGGUAGGACUUUAGUAUCUGGAAAAAACUGUUAGCUGCACUUUGUAACACUCCUUCACUUUCAGUGACAGCAUAACAGUAUCCAGGGAGGAGAGUCUUGUAGCCUUUGCUGUGAUGCAAACUUCUAUUCAUGACUGAAACAGUUGUGAAUCAAGUCUUCCAUGCCUGUUAACAUGAACCAUUCUGUGACACCAUGUACUAUUAGUAAGUCAAGGUGAGGCCAUGAUCUUUAAGUGAGUACACACCAACCACCUUUUGAAAAUUUCUGGCAGUACAAGGCAUUGCAUAAUGGUUGGAAUGGAUUCCAGGCACAGGAAAUAUUUAAUAAUUGCAUAUGCACUAUAGAAUUUUGCACUUAGAGGUCGAACUAAAUGGAAAGAACCUGAAAUUUGCCAGCAUUCAGUCACGUGGCCAAAUGCAUUGCCCUUUUUUGUAACAUUCACCUUUGUUGCAUGUCUUAGAAAUGCACAUUGUUUUUUAAAAAAAUACAACUUUGUAUAGUGAUGGACAUACAGCAUUCAGCUGAAGACUUGUCUCUAUCGUGUGAUAUGUAAUGCAGAUUUUGAUAGGCUUUUUAUUUUUGGUUGUAGAUAUAUUGACUAUGUUUGCAGACAUCAACUGUCAAUUUAAAAAAAAUAAAGUA